AUGAUGUGCGAAGUAAUGCCAACAAUAAGCGAGGGGGACUCCAUAAGUUCCCAGCGAGGAUCUCAGAAUGGCUCGGAUCCAGACUCUAAUUUUGAACAGCUCAUGGUGAAUAUGCUGGACGAGAGGGAUAAGCUUCUGGAAUCUUUACGCGAAACACAGGAAAACCUUAUCCAGUCACAGACCAAGCUACAGGAAGUCCUUCAUGAGAGAGAUGUUCUACAGAGACAGAUCAACUCAGCGCUCCCACAGGAGUUUGCUACACUGACCAAGGAGCUGAAUGUUUGCCGGGAGCAGCUGUUGGAGAAAGAGGAAGAGAUCUCCGAGCUUAAGGCUGAGAGGAAUAACACCAGGCUGCUUUUGGAGCAUUUAGAGUGCCUGGUCUCUCGUCACGAGCGAUCACUCAGGAUGACUGUAGUUAAAAGACAAGCCCCGCCCCCAUCCGGAGUGUCCAGUGAGGUUGAGGUGCUCAAGGCCCUCAAAUCUCUCUUCGAGCAUCACAAAGCCUUGGAUGAGAAGGUUCGUGAGAGGUUGCGGGUGGCACUGGAAAGAGUAACUACGUUAGAGGGACAACUGUCAGCGACCACUCAGGAGCUGGCCAUGGUGAGACAGAGGAAGGACAAGAGUGAAGGACAAGAUUCCCUGGACAGGAUGGAUGGCUCCAGGCCCACGUGGAAGAGGUUGCCAAACGGCUCCAUUGAUGCCCAUGAUGAGUCUAGUCGGUGUGUGGAGCUGCAGGAGCUGCUGGACAAGGCCAACAAAGAGCUGACUCAGAGCAGAGACAGGGUCGGCACACUGACCAAUCACGUGGCGGAGCUCGAGAGCGAGUUAGCCACGGUCCGAAAAGACCUGCUCAAGAGCGAGGAACUCAGCAGCAAACACCAGCGUGACAUCCGCGAGGCAAUGGCACAGAAGGAGGACAUGGAAGAGCGAAUAACAACCUUAGAGAAGCGUUACCUGGCGGCUCAGAGGGAAACCACGUCUAUCCAUGACCUAAACGACAAGCUGGAAAAUGAAUUGGCCACCAAGGAGUCCCUGUACCGACAGAGCGAGGAGAAAGUGCGGCACUUGCAGGAACUGUUGGAGCUGGCGGAACAGAGGCUGCAGCAGACCAUGCGGAAAGCGGAGACCCUCCCCGAGGUGGAGGCAGAGCUGGCCCAAAGGGUGGCAGCACUCAGCAAGGCAGAAGAGCGCCAUGGCAACAUUGAGGAGCGCUUACGACAGCUGGAGUCUCAGCUCGAAGAGAAAAACCAGGAACUGGGCAGAGCUCGACAGAGGGAGAAGAUGAAUGAGGAGCAUAACAAGCGUCUGUCAGACACGGUGGAUCGACUUCUCACCGAGUCUAAUGAACGCCUACAGCUCCACCUGAAGGAACGCAUGGCUGCACUGGAGGACAAGAAUGCAUUAAUUCAUGACCUAGAGAAUGCCCAGAAACAACUUGAAGAGUUCCAUCACUCAAAGGAAAGACUGAUUGGUGAGAUAGAAAAGCUUCGAUCAGAGAUCGAUCAUCUGAAACGCAGGAGCGGUGCAUUCGGAGACGGAACACAUCCACGGUCUCAUUUGGGCAGUGCUACAGAUCUGCGUUUCUCAGUGGUGGAGGGGCAGGGCGACCACUUUGGCUCCGCCUCCGUCAUUCGGCGAGCGCAGAAAGGGCGACUAGUGGCACUCAGGGAUGAGCCCACAAAGAUACAACCGAUGGUGGAGCAGGAUUGGGAAAGAUCUCAACCACCCAGUCUGAGGGCCAGUCGCUCCCAUCUGAUGGAAAGCGACCCUGAGCUGUCAGACCUGGACGACGAUGACCGAGAGACCAUCUUCAGCUCGGCCGACAUGCUGUCCCCCAGCGGUCACUCAGACGCUCAGACGCUGGCCCUCAUGCUGCAAGAGCAACUGGACGCUAUCAACGAGGAGAUCAGGAUGAUCCAGGUUGAGAAGGAGUCGGCGGAGUUGCGGGCGGAUGAGAUCGAGAGCCGGGUGAAUAGUGGCAGCAUGGACGGCCUUAACGUCACCCUCAGACCUCGUUCCUCCAUCCCCACCUCCGUCACCGCCCUCUCCCUGGCCAGCUCCUCUCCUCCUGUCAGCGGACGCUCCACACCCAAGUUUGCCUCUCGGACUGCUGCUCAUGAGCUGGGAAUCAUGACGUUGCCUAGCGAUUUAAGAAAACACCGCAGGAAAGUCAUAUCUCCAGUAGAGGCUCGCGAGGACAAAGCCACCAUCAAAUGUGAAACCUCACCUCCCUCCUCUCCGCGUAGCCUACGUCUGGAGCAAAUGGGCUUUGCCCAGCUGACGGGCAGCCUUGAGGAUGGACGAGGAGAUAGCCCAGCUCUGAGUAGCAAUAAUACCAAUAUAGUCCAAUGAAGGUAACGGCCAUGUAACGUCCUAUUGUUCAGGGGCAACAAAAAGAAGGGCAUCAAGUCCUCCAUUGGCCGUCUCUUUGGCAAGAAGGAGAAGGGGCGUCUGGAUCAGCCAAUGGGCAAGGACGGACAGAUGACACCUCCUGUCAUUCCAGAUUUUGAGAUGAGCAUUGGAGACACCAUGACCCUGGGCAAACUGGGCACUCAGGCGGAGAAAGAUCGCAGGAUGAAAAAGAAACAUGAGCUGCUGGAGGACGCCAGGAGGAAAGGUCUGCCUUUUGCCCAGUGGGACGGGCCUACCGUCGUCUCCUGGCUGGAGCUGUGGGUGGGCAUGCCAGCCUGGUACGUGGCAGCCUGCCGUGCCAACGUCAAGAGCGGUGCUAUCAUGUCGGCCUUAUCAGACACAGAGAUUCAAAGGGAGAUUGGCAUCAGUAACCCUCUGCAUCGGCUGAAACUCAGACUGGCCAUUCAGGAGAUGGUGUCGCUCACCAGUCCCUCGGCUCCACUCACCUCACGCACAUCGUCCGGAAAUGUGUGGGUGACUCACGAAGAGAUGGAGAACAUGGCAACCUCUACCAAAGCGGAAAGUGAGGAGGGCAGCUGGGCUCAGACACUGGCAUAUGGAGAUAUGAACCAUGAAUGGAUAGGGAAUGAGUGGCUGCCCAGCCUUGGCCUGCCCCAGUACCGCAGCUACUUCAUGGAGUGUCUGGUAGACGCCCGCAUGUUGGACCACCUCACUAAGAAGGAUCUGCGAACACAUCUCAAAAUGGUUGACAGCUUCCAUCGGGCCAGUUUACAGUAUGGGAUCAUGUGCUUGAAAAGACUCAAUUAUGACAGGAAAGAACUGGAGCGCAGGAGAGAAGAGUGCCAACAUGACAUCAAAGACGCUCUGGUAUGGACCAAUGAUCAGGUGAUUCAGUGGGUGCAGACUAUUGGCCUGAAGGAGUACAGUAAUAACCUGCUGGAGAGUGGCGUUCACGGAGCUCUCAUAGCCCUAGACGAGACUUUUGAUUACAGCAGUCUGGCCUUGAUCCUGCAGAUUCCUAUGCAGAACACACAGGCCAGGCAGAUUCUGGAGCGGGAGUUCAACAAUGUCCUGGCUUUGGGCACCGACCGCAGACUGGAUGAGAGCGAUGAUAAGUCUUUCCGGAGGUCUCCGUCCUGGCGCAAGCGCUUUCGACCACGGGAGGGUCAGGGAUUGGGCAUGAUGCCAGGCUCCAUCGAGACUCUGCCAGCUGGUUUCCGCCUCACCACCAUGUCCAUUCCACCUUCUAUGGCUGUUGUGCCUAAGAAACAGCUUCAGCCUGAAGUGCACUCCCACUACCUGUAUGGACACAUGCUUGCAGCCUUUCGAGAGUAA